GAGCUGCCGGCGGCGGGCUCGGAGGCUGCGAGUGUCCCAAUCUGAGGCCCAGGUUCCGUGCCGCGCUGCGCUGCGCUGCGCUGUGCCAGGCCGCCGCCGGGAUGCAGUGGGCCGUGGGCCGGCGGUGGGCGUGGGCCGCGCUGCUUCUGGUUGUCGUGGCGGUGCUGACCCAGAUCCUCUGGCUCUGGCUGGGUACGCAGAACUUCGUCUUCCAGCGCGAAGAGAUCGCGCAGCUGGCGCGGCAGUACGCGGGGCUGGACCACGAGCUGGCAUUUUCUCGGCUGAUUGUCGAGCUGCGGCGGCUGCACCCGGGACACGUGCUGCCCGACGAGGAGCUGCAGUGGGUGUUCGUGAACGCGGGCGGCUGGAUGGGCGCCAUGUGCCUUCUGCACGCCUCGCUGUCCGAGUACGUGCUGCUCUUCGGCACCGCCCUGGGCUCCCGCGGCCACUCGGGGCGCUACUGGGCUGAGAUCUCCGACACCAUCAUCUCUGGCACCUUCCACCAAUGGAGAGAGGGCACCACCAAAAGCGAAGUCUUCUACCCAGGGGAGACGGUGGUGCACGGGCCUGGCGAAGCAACGGCUGUGGAGUGGGGGCCAAACACGUGGAUGGUGGAGUACGGCCGCGGUGUCAUCCCAUCCACCCUGGCGUUCGCACUGGCUGAUACUGUCUUCAGCACCCAGGACUUCUUCACCCUCUUCUAUACCCUUCGCUCCUACGCCCGGUGCCUCCGGCUCGAACUUACCACCUACCUCUUCGGCCAGGACCCUUGACCAGCCAUGCCCGAAAGAAGACCUGUGGAUGGACAGGAGCGGGCAGGCCCGCACACAUCCACUUCCUGGAGCCCGCGUGCAGACAGGGACAUACUUACAGCACGAAGGUGCUGAGUCCCUGCUGUACGGAUAGGGACAUACGUGCUUACAUAUCCAAACACAGACGUGUGGGAACAAGUGGGACAUAUACAGAGAUACCAAGUCCUGUGCGUACUACAGGCUCAUGCACUCACACCCAUUCAGAGAGGGAGCCCCACAUAUACCCAGUGGGCUAGUCACAUUCGGAUGCACAUAUCACAAGCUUGGCUCACGAACUCAGGCCUUUCCAGAGCGUGCCGUCCCCAGUCCGGGCUCUGGGGUCAAAGGGCGGGGUGGGGAUUGCACCCUGCCUCAGUCUGACUCCUCAGCCCAGCAGCAGCUUGGGGCCAUGGGGGGGAAGAGGAGCUGCCCUUUGGAGGCCCCUUCACUGCAGCGAUGAUGCCCUUCCCCUCAUCUCCUGUCCUCUCACCAUAUGCCUUAUCCGCAUUUGAUUCCCUGCUAUGCAAGUGUCCCCACCCCUCAGCAAACAGAUCAGCUGGGGAAACAGAGGAAGGUGGAGAAUGCCCUCCAUCCCAGAAGACCCCCAUUCCUCUCUUGUGGGCCCACCCCUGAGGAGGGGACCUGGAGAGGUGGGCCUGGGUCCUAGGGACCACCCCUGGCCAAGAGAAGGCCUUUUUCUGCACAUGCGUACACACGGCCAUCACUUUCCAGACACUGCCCCUGCUGUGUUCCCUGUUCAUCUGUCUGUCUCUGUUAAUAAAGAUGUCAAAGAGUUCCAA